UUUUGGGCAAUGGGGGUGGAGCCUGCGUGGCGAGCCCUGCACCAUGCCGCUCUGGGACGGGCAGCUUGGAUGCCCAGCUCCGCUGCCCCGGCUGGCUGUGGGGUCCCAGGACGGAGAUGGAGUGCUGGCCCCUGAGCCAGGGAGGCAUGGGAUGCGCAGGGGGCAGGUGGGGUGCGGGCAGUGUGCGCCGGCCAGGGCCCCGGGCCUGGGCCCGUGAAGAGCCCGGUCUGUGGGUCACGUGCCUCUGCUGACCCAGAAUGGAGAACUUCGAGUACAGCAUCCAGCUGAGUGAGCAGGACUGGGCUGAGUUUGCAGCUGCUGCCGAAGAGUGUGGCCUCCUGCAGGCUGGCCUGGCCUCUGGGGAUGAGCUCUUGUCCAGUGACACUGACCAAAGGGACAGCAGUGGCAGCAGCCCCCCAGGGCCCCCGCCCCUUCCUGAGGGGCAGCUGGCCCCCAGGGGGAGUGACUGGCCCGGCUCUGAGGAGGAGGACGAGGCAGCCACCCGGCAGCUGGUCAACAGGUCUUGGCGUGAGCCCGUGCUGGCCCCAGAGGCCGGUCAGCAGAUGCCCAGCAUGUCCGUGCGGUCAGAAGCUCGGCCGUCCCUCAGCCCUGGUGCUGCCCCUCUGGUCCAGGGCUCAUCCCUCUUGGGGCCAGUGUCUUCCAGAGGCGAGAGGCAGAGGCUUCUGCAGGGGCCAGCCCCCCGGGGUCUUGCCCCUACUCCCACUGGUGAGCCCGCUCGGAGCCCCGAUUCCCCUGGCCGCAGUGCUGCCCCCCAGAGGCCCCCUGGCAGCCCUGGAGCCCUGCUGCGCAGCCCCAGCCGAAAGAAGAGGCGGGCUGCAGGCACCGAGGCGGGUGGGCGCUUGGGUGACCCAGGCCCUGCGCCCACCCAGCUGGGCUCCCUACUGCUCCCUGAGGCCGGGGCCGAGGACGGCCUUGGCCUGGCCGGGUCCAGGGGGAAGGGUCUCCGGGUGGGGACAACAGGGCAGACAGCAGGAGCUGGGCAGAUCGAGCUGGGGCCAGAGUCUCCAGAAGCCCCUGAGCAGGUGGCCAGGCAAGGGCCAGGUGUGGAUCUGUCUACAUCCGUCCCUACCACUGAGCAGGGCACAGACCUAAGCGGAAUGACCCUCAGAACUGAGCCACGCACUAUGUCCACGCUUGACCUGGAGGCGUCUCUAGACGUCACGACGGCUAAGUCAGACGUGGCUUUGUCCACACCCACCUCCGAGCCGCAGCCCGAGGAGCCUCUGUCUACACCUGCCUCCAAGCCUAGGCUGGAUGUGGACCUGCUUACGCCAGGCCCAGUGGUCCAGCUGGAGGUGGAUUCAUCUACGCCUGUCUCAAAGGCUAUUCCACGUACAGCUCUGCCUCACCUGGUUCCUGAGGCUGGGCCUGAUGUGGGUGUGUCUACACCUGCUCCCGUCCCCGAGGCUGGGCCUGACAGGGUGGAGCUGGAGCUUGCCCCAGUGGCCAAGCUGGGUUCGAGCCCUAUUCGGUCUCCAGAGGGGGGCCGACAGAAGCCCAGAGCGGAGCCCUCAGCAGGUGCCCCUGGACACCACACUGGGGAGCCCCCGCCAGGCCCUAUCCAAGCCCCCAAGAAGAAGAAAGUGCGAUUCUCCAUGGCUGUGCCCAGCCCCGAGGAGCCAGGGUCAGGAGAGGCCUCGGGCCCAGCCUUCCCAGCCACAGCCCCCAGGACAGCAGCUGGGGGCCGCAGGGCAUCUGGAGCCUGGGACGCUGUGGCCGUUGGACCCCGGACCCCCCAGCCUCGGAUCCUGAAGCACCUGCCUCCCCCUGCCCCCUCUGCCUCAGCGGGGCCUGGGCCCAGCUGCUGCUUUGCGGUGACCCUCCCAGAAGCCUAUGAGUUCUUCUUUUGUGACACCAUUGAGGAGGAGGAGGAAGAUGUCGAGGAGGAAGCAGAGGCUAGCCAGGCUCUGGCCGAAGUCCAGUGGCCGGAUGUGUGCGAGUUCUUCUUCCAGGAUGGCCAAGCCCAGAGGUCGAGGCACCGGGAAGGCCACGCCCAGGCCCCACCCCUCCAGGCUGAGCCUCUGCCGGCCCCUCCACCAGGAGAUCCCAUACCCAUCUCCAUCCCCGAGGCCUAUGAACACUUCCUCUGGGAGGACACGUCAGGGGGCACGCUGGGGCCGGCUGCCCUUCUCCAGAUGCAGGCCACGGAGCCCCCCAGGUCAGUCCCCGGGGAAGUGGGGACCGGCACCCCACCAGGGCCUAGCCCAGCCUCAGCGGAGCAGCUUACCCCGGCCAUCAGGCAAGCAGGGGAACCCUGGGGUCCCCUCACCUCGUUUACCUUCAGCCAGAAUGACAUGUGCCUGGUGUUUGUAGCCUUCGCUACCUGGGCUGUGAGAACAUCAGACAUGCAUGCCCCAGACGCCUGGAAAACAGUUCUGCUGGCCAACAUCGGCACCAUCUCCGCUAUCCGGUACUUCCGCCGGCAGGUGGGGCGGGGGCGCCGCAGCCCCAGCUCCUAGGACCCAGGCUCCGCCCAGGAAGACGCAGCAUGAGGAAAUGUCCACAGGUGCUCAGGAUGAGGUGCUGCCCUCAGGCCUUGCCCUUUGACCCUUGUGUUCUGCGGCGUCUAGGAAGGAGCCUGCGUCCUUGGUCCUGGCUCCCUUGGACUCCACCCGAGGGUCCAGCCCGUGGCCAAGGCCGAGGCUGUGCUCCACACUUGGGAGUGGGGAGAUUCUGGCAGGCUGGGAGGGUAGGCCAAGCAGGGAGCUGGUUAGUAAGGUGGCCAGAUUAGCAACAAAACACACAAGGUGUCCAGUGAGACUGGAAUCUCAGACACGCAGUAUGAGACCUACUUAUGCUAAGGAAUUAUUUGUGGUUUAUCUGAAACCAGAGUUAAUCGGAGUCCUAAUCCUAUGUGGUUAUCGUGUUGGAGGGAGGGGUAUGAUGGGGCUUCAGAGCAGCAGCGAGGCCCCAGCUGGAGAUCUGGGCAGAGGGCCUUGAGGCUGGGGGGCGGCGUCCCAGGGACCCUCUGCCCUGUUUCUAAGUGGGCUGGGCCGUUGGAGGCCUCUAAGGCCUCUCUAACCCCUGAACCCCAGGGGUCUGUGGUCAAGACCUCCUUGGCUCCUGCCUGAGAUGGUGAGCAGGUACCCAGAGGGGCCCUGCAGGCUGGGGGUCUGUAGGGCAGAGCCUGGAGCCCCUCCUCUGGGGAGCCCUGGAGGAGGGGCAGAGGCAGAAGUCAAGGGUAUCAGGUGGAGGGACGGGACACCUGGGUUCGCCCAGAGCUGACAGGAGCCGGAGAUGGGACAGGAAGGUGGGCAGGGUGCGGGCAGUAGUGGAGCAAGGGGGCUGCCAGCCUAGGUGCUGGGUGGGCGUCCAGCUCCGAGGCAGCACAUACAGGGUCCCCGGGACGCAGGAGACUCCUGGCUGUUCAGGACAGAAUGCGUGGACACACAGCACCAAUAAAAUCUCUUUCUUUCUUGUUUA